AUGUCACAGAACCAGAGAGAAGUCGGUGUCGGUCCAACUCUACAGUGGUGUCACAGAACCAGAGAGAAGUCGGUGUCGGUCCAACUCUACAGUGGUGUCACAGAACCAGAGAGAAGUCGGUGUCGGUCCAACUCUACAGUGGUGUCACAGAACCAGAGAGAAGUCAGUGUCGGUCCAGCUCUACAGUGGUGUCACAGAACCAGAGAGAAGUCGGUGUCGGUCCAACUCUACAGUGGUGUCACAGAACCAGAGAGAAGUCGGUGUCGGUCCAACUCUACAGUGGUGUCAUAG